AUGAGAUUACUUGUGUCAUUCGCCGUCAAUGAAUAUGACGGCGAUAAUAACGUUGGUGGUGGUAAUGAUGGUGGCGAUGAAAUGGGUGGCGGAGUGUCGUGGAUGGUUUUUAUGUGGGAAAUAGGAGUAGGAUAUGAGAAAAUAAUAUUGGUAAUGCUGGUUUGGUUUAAUGGAGAUAAAUAA